UUGCUACUGCGCGAAUGUUGAAUGUGCCUAAUUAUUGCUGAAUGGGUGUGCUUUCUCGUCUUAUUAGUGAUUGUAAUUGCUCCGUAGUACACGUUUGAACGAAUUAAGCGGUUUUAAGGUCAUUUCAACUAAAAACUUGCAAUUAUUUUAAUGUAUUACAAACAGUUAAUUAUCGUGUUUGUUUAAAAUGAAUAAUAAAAAGUGUGCAAGGUGUGAAAAGACUGUAUAUCCAACAGAGGAACUGAAGUGCCUUGACAAGGUAUGGCACAAGUUCUGCUUCAAGUGCAAAGAAUGUGGAAUGACCCUGAAUAUGAGAAACUACAAAGGUUUUAACAAGGAACCCUACUGUGAAGCACAUAUUCCUCGAGCAAAAGCGACAACGAUGGCGGAAACCCCGGAGCUUCGUCGUAUCGCAGAAAAUACGAAAAUUCAAUCUAAUGUAAAGUACCAUGCGGAUUUCGAGAAGAGUAAAGGUAAAUUUACUCAAGUGGCAGAUGACCCCGAGACUUUAAGAGUGAAACAAAAUAGCAAAAUAAUAUCGAACGUAGCGUAUCAUGGAGAACUUCAGAGGAAGGCCGAAAUGGAACAGAAACGUACGAUUAAUGAAAAUGGCUUGAAACAACAGACGCCUGCUUCAAGCAUCGACCAAGCAAAUGCAAACAAAUCCCCCGUGGAGCUUACCAGUAGCCCUUCUACCGUUACCCCUAUCGGCAACCCCACAAAUAUAGGAAAAAUUGCUGAUUAUGAUCCCCAGGCUGUUGCAAGUCCUUAUUCUGGAAGAAAUACGCAGACAGUAAUAUAUACGUCUGACCAGGGACCGGUGAACAACCCCCCGCAACGGCAUAUUGGAUCCGUGCACGAUAUCGACCCCGUCAAUCACAACUACGGUUCCUUAGGCAGAGUCUACAGAGCAAUGUACGAUUACGAAGCACAAGACGAUGACGAAGUCAGUUUUAUUGAUGGAGAUUUGAUUAUUAACGUAAGCAGUAUAGAUGGGGGUUGGAUGACUGGGGAAGUACAGCGGACCGGACAGGUGGGAAUGUUACCCGCUAAUUAUGUACAACUUGCCAACAUUUAAAGAAAAGCAAUAAAAUUAAAAAGAACUGAACGGGAUACGGUGAUAAAAAUAGAUCAACGACAAAAAUU